AUGAACUUCGAGCCGGUCAACUCCAUCGAGCGCGCACGUGACAACCUUGCUGAAUUGCGUCAACAUCGCUCGGUCGCUGAGUACAUCAACCGCUUCCGUGAGCUCGUGCUUGAGAUCCCUGACAUCCCUGCUGCUGAACAGAUGGACAAAUUCAAACGUGGGGUGAAGCCGAAAAUCCGCACCGAGGUUGAACUCCGUGGCGCUACGACGUUGGAUGAGAUGAUUCGUGUCGCCGAGCGUUUCGACACCAUCAACUUUGCAGCGUACCAGCGAUUCCAAGGACGAACCGGGCAGCACACCACUGCUGGACCUACCUACCGCACCAACGGUCCUACUCCCAUGGAGCUCGGUGUAUUCCGCUUCGUCAACCCACCCACCCCAACCUGCCCCAUCCCCAUCUUCCCAUAUCCCCCCUCUCCCUCCUCCUCGCAUAGCUCCCGUGCAGCAGCCAACACCACCCGGCUCUCCCGAAGUGAUCAACACACCUCCUCCUUCUCCACCCCACCCAACCCAGCAGCCACGCCGUCCCAUCAUCCGCCCCACCUCUGA